AUGCCAAUAUUAUUUAGUGUUGUUGCUCGCGGUACUAUCGUUUUAGCCAAAUAUGCAACAUGUGCGGGCAAUUUCUCGGAAGUUACGGAACAAAUACUAUCAAAGAUACCUCCCCACGAUGACAAGUUGACAUACUCACACGGCAAUUAUCUAUUUCACUACAUUUCAGAAAAUAAAUUGGUUUUCUUCUGUAUUACCGAUGAUAAAUUUCAACGUUCAAGAGCAUUCUUAUUCCUUAAUGAGAUUAAAAGAAGAUUUACGACGUCCUUCGGGGACACGGCACAGACGGCUAUACCUUAUGCAAUGAAUGGAGAAUUUGCAAGGAUCCUUGCCACCGAGAUGAAACACUAUAGCGAUUCAAAGGACCUUGACACUAUAUCAAGAGUCCAUGGGGAGUUGGAUGAACUCAAGAAUAUCAUGGUGAAAAAUAUUGAUAACAUGGCAAUGCGUGGCGAAAAACUAGAGUUACUAGUGGAUAAGGCUGAUAAUUUAGCUACAAGUUCUGUCAGCUACCGCACCACAUCAAGAACACUGCAGAGGUCCUUGUUUUGGAAGAAUGUUAAAAUGUACGUUAUCAUGAUAGCCGUUGCUGGUAUAGCAGUCUACCUCAUCGGAGCGAUGGCUUGCGGCGGACUUAGUUGGGGGAAAUGCGUUGGAUAA